UUUUAUUAUGAACAUGAAUGCAGGAGCCGGCGGACUCUUACAUUUCUAUAUGGUUCACUGUUUCUGCGUUCACACUAUAUAUCUAGCAUGUUUUCGCGGACAUAAUAACGCCUACAGAGCAUUAAAAUCACUCACAGAACAAUGAAUGACCGCGAACUUGAUCUCACAGAAGCGCAAAAGGCUAUCAAAUCAAAGUAUCCUCCCAUCACCAGGAAAUACGAGUAUCUUGAUCAUACUGCAGAUGUCCAGAUUCAUUCAUGGGGUGAUUCUCUGGAAGAGGCUUUUGAACAGUGUGCAAUGGGGAUGUUUGGCUACAUGACAGACACAGAAACUGUUGAACCCACUGACACUCUAGAAGUAGAAUCAGAAGGAGACGACAUGGAGUCACUCCUUUUUCAUUUCUUGGACGACUGGCUCUUUAAAUUCAGCGCUGAUCUCUUCUUCGUUCCCAGGGAAGUGAAGGUGUUGAAUGUAGACCGAAUGCGCUGGAAAAUCCGCUCCAUAGGGUGGGGUGAAGAGUUUAACAUAAACAAGCACCCGCAGGGAACAGAAGUGAAAGCAAUCACCUACUCUGCUAUGCAAAUACAUGACACGGAGAAACCAGAUAUCUUUGUCAUUGUCGAUAUUUAAACAACAAAAACACAAGUUACAUAUAAUUUAAUACCUCAUGUUAAUUGACAUGAUUUUAAAAGACUGUACCUUCUAGUUGGAAUGGACAUAUGAGAUGUGUAAUUUCUUAAACUAUGAAAUGUUUUGUGGAUUAUAUGACUGAAAUACUGUUUUGGUUUUUUUGUUGGUCUGAUUUUCAUUGUUAAUUAUGACAUUAAUAAUUUUUCAUUUUGUAAUUUAUAAACGGGCAACAAGAAACACUCAUGAUCUGAAGAUACUUUGGUUAAAUUUGGUUCUGGAUCUAAAGAUUUUUUUUUUUUAAAGAUAAUUUAAAAUGUAUAAAUAAAAUCAAUAUAAAAACCC